CUUGUGGUCAUUUUAAUUUUAGCUGAGGCAUAUGGGUUGCCAAUGUUGCCACCCUACUUGAAUCUUACCGAAGGACAAGACAUUACCAAAGGAGUAAAUUUUGCAUAUGCUGGUUCAACUGCACUAGAUAAGGAUUUUUUCAUGCAACAAAUGUUGGAACUAGACGCAGCUUCUUAUUCUUUAAGUACUCAACUUGAAUGGUUUAAGAAGCUCAAACCCUCCCUUUGUAAAAGCGAAGAGUGUGAUAGUUACUUCAAAAACACAUUGUUUCUGGUGGGAGAGAUUGGUGGCAACGACAUUAACGCAAUCAUCCCGUAUAAAAAUAUGUCAGCACUUCGAGAAAUGGUUCCACUUAUUGUUGAAGCAAUUACUAAUGCCAUCACCAAAUUAAUAGAGGAAGGAGCAGUGGAGCUAGUGGUACCGGGGAACUUCCCAAUUGGGUGCAAUUCUGCUGUUUUGGCAAGGGUGGGCAGUGAUAAGAAAGAAGACUAUGAUCAAUUUGGGUGUUUGGCAGCUUACAAUGCUUUCAUCGAGUACUAUAAUGGACAAAUCAAAAAGGCUAUUGAGACAUUAAGACAAAAGAACCCACAUGUUAACAUAACAUAUUUUGAUUACUACGGUGCUGCCAAGCGUUUAUUUCAAGCACCACAACAAUAUGGUUUUUAUUAUGGUAAAAUCGAGACUUUUAGAGCAUGUUGUGGAAAGGGGGAGCCUUACGGUCUUAGUGAACAAAUAUAUUGUGGAAGUGUUGCCUCAAUGGUUUGCUCAGACCCUUCAAAAUGCAUAAUUUGGGAUGGACCCCAUUUUACCGAAGCAGCAUAUAGGCUAAUAGAAAAAGGAAUAGUUGAGGGCCCUUUUUCUAAUCCUUCACUCAAAUCCCCUCCUUUCAAGAUAGCUUAG